AGUCUAGUGAAGAAGCCAGCGCUUCGUCAUCUACUAGAUAUAUGUGUGUUGUAAAGUGAAAUCGUGUAAAAUCCGGUCGAUAUUACAGACAUAUUUCCAAAAAGAAAUAAUCCCACAAACCAAAAAGACUUUCAUUACCUCGUAAUAAUCGGAACUACUAAUAGUGUUGAAGGAUCUGAAGAAACAACAGUGACCUAAUUUUUUUAAAACUCUGUGUAUGUGUAAAAAUCUCACGAGUCGAUAAUUCGAAGUUAAUUAUUGAUGUAAUCAACAGUUAGUUACUGUUUUUUUUAAACACGCUACAUUGAUCUUGACCAGUGAUUUUUCAAAUCUUCGUGUGAGUGUGGUAGGUCAACGCGGCAUAUUUUCCAAAAGUUGCCAACUCUAGACAUUGAUAAUGAGACUGGUGAUAAUCCCUUGACCUAGAGCAAUAUGGCAUUUUCUUCUUUUUGGACUACAAGAAGAGUGAUAUUGUGUGUGAUUUGGUUACUCCAAUGGGAACAUACUAAUGCUUUGGAAGAUAUUUAUUCGAACUCAUUCAUAUCCCCAAACUCAGCAAAAUUCAAUGCUGAUGAUGACCAACUGCCAGCUAUUCGAACUUCUGAAGCAAAGGAUAUCUUCGAAGAGACAUCUAGUGUUGCUAGAUCGGCAAUGAGGGACGCCCCUUUAGAUAAAGAGAAUCACCAAAUUACUUCAUCCGCUCAUAGAGUUGCAAGAUCUAUGGACCACAUUUUAUCGAGUACAGCGGUUGCAGAUGAUUAUAAUUUAUAUAAAAAUGUAGACGAAGCUUUAGAGAGUAACGAUGUGGAAUUGUCAGGAAGACUUGCUGGUUAUAUUCAACCUUCAAAAACGGAAAAGGAUUCUGUUGCAACAGACAGUUACAAAAAAACCGAAGAAUUGUCGGGGGAAUUAAUAGGGACUCCGCACCAGGCACGGUCACUGCCUCUGCAGGAGUCCCAGCAAGUCAAACACAGUGCCGCGAUGACAUCGACGACGGCUUUUGCUACCCGAUCCCUUCUUCCACCCAGCCAGGCACGACAGGCCAACCCUGAUAUCCAGGAUAUCAUUACUGGGAUUGUCAAACUGCUUAACGGUAAUGUAAAUGUCCAAGCAAAUACUGGCCCGGGUAUUGGCAGACCAUUAAGGCCUCUAUCUACAAGAAUUAACAAUCGAGGUCCUCCUAGAAUUACAGAUAUGCCGGCGCUUCCUCCAGAUUUUGAUGUACCAGCUCCGCUACCUCCACCACCUCUUGGUCAAAAACCACCGCCAAUGUCUACAACUCGACUACCUACACCAUAUCCUUUUGACGUACCUAAGCCUAAUAUGUCCCCAAUUCGUCCGUUUACCGGCAGUGGUACCAGCAUUCCAAUUUCAGACCUAUCAAUGAACAAACGACCUGGUCUGUACCGUCCACCAACUGUUCCUCCCUGGAAGCGACGUAGGCCACCUAAUAAGAGAAGACCACCGAUACCUCCAUAUAAACCUAUGCCGCCGUUUUCCACGGAAAUGAUUAGUCUGACUUCGGAGAAGCCUGCUGAGGACAUCUUAACUUUGGAUUUGGGAUCUCAUCUUUCUCCGAGUGGUGACGACAACGAAUACUAUCCUGAAGAAUUAGAAGAUAAAGGAAAUUCAACAGAUUUUCCGGAAGUAGAGACUGAUGUUGUUCCUGACACAAGUGAAAUUGACAAGGAAAUAGCUGAUUUUGAAAAGAAUAAAGAAAAAGUUAAGAAUGUAACGAAAUUAGACAAGUAUACUAGCAAAACCACCAUUGUAACCCCUACAGUUAAUUCUGAGGCAAAAACCGAAGACAGUGCUCAAAAAACAGAAAUCCAACAACCAGAGAUCAAUACUUCUUCAACUACAAUAGAAACAUCGUCUUCCACUUUGUCUGACACAGUACAAUCUUUAAUAGAACCAACCAGUACUUUGGUUGCACCUUUACCAACGGAAACUGUAGAAGAAACCACACUAAAAUCUAAUUCUAAUACCAGCGUACUCAAUACUGAUAAUGCUGAAGAUACUGCAUUAGAAUCUUCAAUGAGCGAGAUCGUAGACUCAACUAGAGAUAUUUUAGGAGAAAGCAGUACGUUGGCUAAUACAGCAACCGAAACUUUACCAAUAGUAACAACGAUAACUUCUAGUACUUCAAAUGUUGUUAUAGUGGGUGCUUCAGCUACACCUGCGUCUACUGUGAACAAUCAGUCUACAUCAUCUUCUGGUUUUCCCUACUAUCCGUACAGACCGAGACCAGGUAUCGUUUUAGACGAUACGGAAUACAAGCCAGGUGGAAUUAAUCGACAGCCUAUAAUCACCAGGCCACCUAUUGGACAAAUCGGCGACAUUUUUGAUGUCACUGUUUCAGCUAUUCAAGGACCGGGCUCAUCCGCUGGAGGAGGUCAAGGAAAGCCCUAUGUAAUACCAGUGGAAAUUGAAAACGUUCAUUCAGGUGACGUAAUCACAUCCUCGUCCGGAUCAGAGGGCUUCGUCAGCAUUGAUGGUAAACGAACAUACCUAAAUCUAUUCGGGGAAUCAACAUCCACUGGAUUGCCAAUUAAACCAACAGCUACUGUACCAGAAAGCAAUCAAGUCACCGGUACGGGAUACGCUGUAGCUGAAAACGAGAAAGUUCAUAGACCAGGAUCUGUGGGUAAGCCCACACAGAGACGACCGAUGUUUGGAAGACCAAGACCUAGCCAACCGCCUGUAAGGAUCGACACUUGCAUUGUCGGAGAUGACUCCACCUGUGAUGGCUCGCAACACGAAAUUUGUCGAACGGAAUCAGGUGUAAGCGCCUGCCACUGCAGACCUGGUACUGCUAGACGUAAGCACAGAGAUCCUUGUCGCAAAAUUGUGUCUAUAUUGGUGUCGCUUAGAGUUGACAGAUUAUAUGACCGAAAAGUUGUGUGGGCAAGUGAAUUGGGUGAUCGAAGCAGUGAUAGCUACCAGCAGUUGUCUUUCGAAGCGGAAAGAGCUUUGGAAUCUGCAAUGUCGAUGACUCCAUUUAGCGAUGAAUUUCUAGCAGCGAAGGUAAACGGAAUAUACAGAGGUGAGAGGUCUCAAGGACAGGCCGGAGUGUUUGUCAACAUCACGUUGCAAUUGGACGAGAACGCUGAUACUUCUCGACCUACAGUUAGAGGAGAUAUUCAGCGACACCUGUUAGGAGUUAUACAAAGAAGAAGUAAUAACGUAGGUGAUAGUGCCUUGUGGGUGGAUAGUCCACCGGGAUCUGUCUCCAAUUUACAAGAUCUGGAUGAAUGUUCUUCACCUGAUUUACAUGACUGUCACUCGUUAGCGAGGUGUAUAAAUAUUUUUGGAGGGUUUAAAUGUGAGUGUCUAGAAGGAUACAGAGACCCUUGGCUAGACAAUAAACACCGAGCAGGCAGACACUGUGAGCAAUGUUCUUCGCAACAUUGUAACAAUAGGGGAGAAUGCAGGUAUCAAAAUGGGCAAGAGAUGUGCACAUGUACAGGAAAUUACUAUGGUAGCCAAUGCGAACUUGACGGUGAAGUAUUAGGAGUUGCCAUUGGAGCCAGUGUAGCUGCAAUCAUCAUCAUUGGAUUGACUUUGGUCUGUUUAGUAAUGUGGAGUCGUCGAUGGAGCCGAGAACAAAAAGCAGCUGUUGGCAGCCCUGUAUUUGGUUACAUGGCUACCGCCAGUAACACUGCGAAAACGCCAGUAGUUGGUGCACCUCCUUAUCAACUUACUUUAGAAGAUAGGCUGAGAUGGGCUCAAAUUGCUGACGUUAUGGCUCAAGCCAAUCACUAUGCGCCUGAGCCUGGCCUAACAGCUCCAACUCGUCCGUCUUCAGCGUUGUUCGGUUAUCCGAGCCUUCCAAUGGGAGGUACCAUGUCACAUCAUGGCCACGGCACGCUGCCUCCAGUACCCUUGCCUAGGCUCACUCUGCAGGCGCAGAUGGCCGCUAGAGCUGCAAGUAUUCACAGUGCAAGACACCAGGAUAACUCUAGUUCUAGCGAAGAAGAAGACAAGGCUGAUUUAUUAGGUAGAAAUUUCCAUGUACCUAGACCGAAAAGUCGAAGUAAUGCGUCCAUAGCCAAUCAAAGUGGAAUUUACUAUGACGUCGACUAUGAUCAAAAUGAGAUUUACAAACAACCUGGUGGCGGGAUUCCCCUCAGCACGUAUAGCAUGGGGAGACAACCGUUCUUCAGGAAUUAAAAACAAAAGUUAUAAUUUUAUUGUCAAACUGUUUAAAUUUCUAUCCAUCUAAAAAAUAAUAUUAGAUAUUGUAAAAAUAAAUUAUUGAAAGAAGAAAAUCGUAUCUACUUAUGUAUUUGUUUAAGAAAAUUUAAAUAUUUUAAAAUAUUAUUUGUUUACUGGUUUUAGAACAUUUAUUUGUUUUUUAAUUAUCUAUCUUAAGUUCCAAUAUUUAACACCAUCUAUAGUUAUUACGUUUAUAUUCAUUUGCCUUGACUCGAGGGGCUUAUCACUUCAAAGGGAGUAAAAAAAGUAAUAAUUUUUGUUUUUCUUUGGGGUGAUAUUUACUUCUAAAUUUUCGACUUUUGGUAUUCCGAAUGCGUAAAUCAAAGUAUUCUUCUUCUUAUUGCACUGUCUUUUAACGAAGGUUGGUGAUCACUUUUAUAAAUGCUUCCUUGUCUUUUGCUACGCAAAAUAUCUGUUCAGCACGAAGGUUGGUCCAAUCUCUGAUGUUUCUUAGUCAAGAUUUCUUCUUUCGUCCCAAGUAUUUUCUUCUCUCUACUCUUCCUUGUAUGAUGACGAGUAGAAGAGAGUAUUUAUCGUUUUGAAGGAUGUGGUUCAGAUACGAUGUUUUUCAAAGUAUUAUCUCAUGAAAAUAAAGUUAAAAUAGUGAAAACUAUUUUCAGAUAAUGCAAAAUACUCCCAUUUACGAAAGUAUCUCAUAUGGAUUUUUAGAAUACAUUAAAAAUCUGAAAAAGUCAGAAAGGGAGUUUUACUAAGUACUAAUCAACAUUAUUUUUUUUUGUUUAGAUUUUUUAAAAGAGUAUAUUCAUAUAUCGAAUUAUAAAAUAUUCCUAUUUUUUUAAAAUAUAUUUUAUGAAACCUUCAUCAUCAUGAUAAGUGUAUCGACAAUCCGUUGUGGAUCUUGGCCUGCUCACAAAGAAGUUGCUACUCCUGUCGAUUCCUGGUAACUUUCCUAGUUACUUGAGUCCUAAUUCACUUGCCGCGUCCGCAAGGCCUAUAAAACACUGCACCAUGUCUUUCAUACUUCUGCCUACUAUAACUAUAUCGUCAGCGAAUGCGAUAAUUCGCGUCGAUGUAUUCAAAAUAGUUUCAUUAAUUCUAAUAUUUAAUUAUCUGAUUGACUUUUCCAAGGCAAUAUUAAAGAGGAGACACGUCAGUGAGUCCCCCUGUCUUAAACCAGUAUUAAUGUCAAAGAACGUAGAGUUUUCUCCUUUAACGCUAACGCAUGAACUUACACUUUGCAUUGUUAACUGGGUCAACUUAACUAACUUAGGUGGAAUCUCAAAGUCUAUUAUUCCAUUAUAUAAUGCAGUUCUUUUCACAGUGUCAUAGGCUGCUUUGAAGUCGACGAAGAGAUGGUGUGUAUCUAUGUUUGUAAAACCUCUGGGUACACCAAAAAUUCUAAAAAAAAUAUUCAGAAAUGGAGUUCUAUUGACCACCAAUCAAGAUUUUUCUCAAAUUUUUUCUACGAGUAGAUCUGUCUGUAGAAGCAGUUUAAAAUUAGUCAUGCACAAUGUAUUGGAGUACAAUAACGGAUAACGAAAUAUAAGGAACAGUGAGAAAAUCCUAGCCUUGCUUGUUUUUAAAGUUUAUGGGUUUAAAUUAAAAUUAAACUUAAAAAAUCACAAAUAAUACCGAUUUACUUUUAAGUGCAUUGGGAUUUCAAAAAGUUUGAUUUAAAAAGCUUAGAAGAGCAGGUCUGGCGCCUUCUGUUUAGCGUUAACGUUGACGCCCAUUUUUAGCCAAUCCGGCCCUGUCUAUUACAUAUUCAAUUAUGAGAUAUGAAAAACUUUGAUUUUCUGAAAAAUAUUUAAACCAGUGAACAAACGUUUGUAAGAUCGUUAAUAAAGUAUUUCUUUAAUUUAUUAAUAAUUAAUUAAGAAAAAUAUUGUUUAGGUAAAAAAUUGUAUUUAUUUAAAGUACCUUAGUAUUGACCAGUACUUGGGCAUAAGAUCCUUAUGAUAUAAUGUAUGACUUAUACGCAAGACUUUAAUAUUUUUAGUAUUUUGUUAUUUAAUGUUAUUGUUAAUUUAUUAGUCGUUAAUUAUAUUUGUUGUAUAUAGCACUAAGUGUAUAAGCUGUAAGACUAUUUUAGAUUUAGUUUUAUACGUAAACAUUUUGUAAUAAAAUUACGUUUAUGGU